CUCUUAUCUGGCUACAUAUCUCAUUCCUUUCAACGUCGACAUAAACAGCGCUUACUCCAUAUUUCCAUUCACGUUUUACAACUACAUUGCAAAGAUUUUCUUCGAGAUCCGCACGUGGCAGAAUCCAUCAUGAGUGGCAAGCUCAUUCUCUUUGAUAUUCCUGACAAAAAUGGACGGGCAUGGUCCUUCAACGUCUUCAAGACCCGCUUGGCAUUGAAUUACAAGGGCAUAGAUUACGAAACUGAAUGGCUCGAGUACCCGGAUAUCAAGGGUAGACUCGAAGCCACAGGCGUCGAGCCCUGGGCUGACGACCAAACAACCCACACUUGCCCUGCGGUCAAGUUUCCCGACGGAACGUAUGUCAUGGACAGCGCGAAAAUCAUCAAACACCUCGAGGAGAGAUAUCCCGAUAAGCCACUCCGACCUGACAGCGAGGAAGCGCAGGCCGCAUCGCAACUCAUGAGGAGGCUCUGGGGUCCGUUGCAGCCCGUAAUGAUGCCCGAGGUUUACCGAACAAUUCUCGGUGAGAAAAGCCAGCCUUUUUUCUGGGAUACGAGAAAGAAGGAUCUAGGGAUGACAAUUUACGAAUUCGAGGACAAGUACGGCGGUGAAUUGGCCUGGGGCAAGGCCAAGCAGGCGAUCGACGAUGCUUCCGCUCAGCUGAACAAGACGGCAGGGCCAUUCUUUCUCGGCAAGCAGGUCUCCUAUGCCGACUUUAUCUACGUCGGCCUGCUGGAAACUAUGAAAAAGUAUACCCCAAAGCACUACCAGCGUGUUGUUGAACAAGCACCUGCUUUGCAAAAGUUACACGACGCCUGUGCUCCGUGGUUAGAGCGAGACUACUAAGAAUAUUCGACACUGCAGUCAACCACGACAACUUUGGCACUAACACGUAAUGCAGCUUCUAAUGACAUUUGGGAUUCAGUGAUGACUUUAUACGAUAGCAAAUAGAUGAUCAUGACAGACUUACAAUUAUACAUGUGUCACAUGAUAAAACAAUACCAUUAGUUACGUGGGC